AUGGCGUCGCACGCGACCGCCGCUCAAUACGACGUCACCGCGCAGAUAAAGUCAGGGGGAAUUCUGUAUGAGCGCAGAGACAAACAAGCACAGAGUUCGGCCGGUGGCGACAACACAUUGAGCGGCGGUCGGCGGGCAGCAGUCGGACGAACACCCUGUGUGCCCCUGUUGGACCCUGUGGUGGCCCUGUUGGACCCUGUGGUGGCCCUGUUGGACCCUGUGGCAGUCCUGUUAGACCCUCUGGUGGCCCUGUUGGACCCUGUGGCGGCCCUGUUUUGGCCCGUGGGCUGUAUGUUUGACACCCCCAGUCUAGAAGAAUGUGAAGUAUUCAGCGUCCUAUCUGCCUCCAUCGUUGAUGUUUUGCUCAGCUGUGGGUCUGUGCGUUGCAGGCGGAGGCUGAGUCCCACAGCCAUGAGAGGACAGCGAGUGGCGGAGGGCGAGUGUCGGUGCUGGAGCCCGGUCGUCUGGAUCCUGGUGUCCUUGAUGGGGUCCCUGUUCCUGGUGGCCGUCAGCCUGCGCACGAGGCUCGGAGAUAUGAAGAUCUCUAAGCGUGCCGUCCCGCUCAUAGCCAAUGACGUGCCGCCACUUGAUGUGAUACAGUACCAAGUCCAACUGGUCAACGGGCGGAACCGGUGUGAAGGUCGCGUCGAGGUCUUCUACAACGACUCAUGGGGGACAGUGUGUGACGACGAGUGGGACAUGGUGGACGCCAACGUAGUGUGUCGACAGCUGGACUGUGGCGUGGCGGUGGCCCUGGGCAGCAGCUCGCAGUUCGGACAGGGGGCGGGGCUUAUCCUGAUGGACAACGUGGACUGUAAGGGCAGCGAAGGCUCCCUGAGCGAGUGCACCAGUCUGGGCUGGGGAGUUCACAACUGCUACCACUUCGAGGAUGUGGGAGUGGUCUGCAGAGAACCAUCAGUGAUGGGGCCAUACUUCCGGGACAUCACCGUCACCACGCCCCCCUACUGGAACCUGGACUUACGUGAUGGUACCCUCCGUCUGGUGGGGGGUCAGUACGACUGCGAGGGCCGGGUUGAGAUCUACUACCAGGGCUACUGGGGGACGGUGUGCGACGACGCCUGGUCCUUCACCGAUGCCCAGGUGGUGUGCCGGCAGACGGGCUGCGGCUCCGCCCACGCUGCCCUCACCAACUCCUUCUUCGGUUUCGGGACCGGGCGCAUCCUCCUGGACAACGUCAACUGCAUCGGAUAUGAGCAGCAGUUGAGCCGAUGCCACAACCUAGGCUGGGGGAAGCACAACUGUGGACACCACGAGGAUGCCGGCGUCUCCUGUGCAGGUUCAACGUCCACUGAACCUCCUCCAGUGACCACGUCACCCAGAAGGGAAACCACCACCAGUGUCACUGACGCCACUGAAGCAACACAAGCUCCUGUUGUUACUGAAAGUCCAACAACCAAACCAACUGCGCCUGCACCGACUCCAGCCAGGCCGUCCAUCCGGGUGGUGAACGGGAACAGCAGCUGCCAGGGCCGGGUGGAGGUCCGCUACAAAGACUUCUGGGGGACAGUGUGUGACGACGAGUGGAACAUGCUCAACGCCCUGGUGGUGUGCAGACAGCUGGGCUGUGGACCCCCCAUCGAGGCCAAGAACCAGGCCUUCUUCGGAUAUGGCCAGGUCCCCAUCCUGCUGGACAACGUGGCGUGUACGGGGGAGGAGCUGGAGCUGUCCAUGUGCUUCCACCUGGGCUGGGGUCAACACAACUGUGGACACCACGAGGACGCUGGCGUCAUCUGUUCAAAUGUGGAGCCUCUGGCUCGAGGUUUAAAUGACUUUCCGGCAGAAGUGACAGAAACGGCCCCGACCACAACAUCCACCCAACCCCCUGAAGGGAUGAUGCAACUGGCCGGAGGAAGCCACCGCUGCGAGGGCCGGGUGGAGCUGUUCAUAAACGCAUCAUGGGGGACAGUGUGCGACGACGCGUGGGACCUCCCCGACGCCCAGGUGGUGUGCCGUCAGGUGGGCUGCGGCGAUGCGUUGGCAGCGGUGACGGUGGAGACGCACUUUGGGCCAGGGGUGGGGACCAUCCUCCUGGACAACCUGAAGUGCACAGGGGCGGAGCCAUCGCUGACAGACUGCUCCCAUAUAGGAUGGAACGUACACAACUGUGACCACACUGAGGACGCCGGCGUCAUCUGCUCGCUGUUGUGAUUGGCAGAUGAGUGGGGAAGUGGGCGGAGCUAACUGGGACUUGUAUUCAUUGUGUAAAUAAAUGCUUUCACGUCGCUGAAGGAUUGCCACCGCCACCGUAUGAGAUAACUAAUAUGACGAUAUAUGAUGACAUACUAUAACUAUCUAAACCUUUAUUAAGCACUUUAUAAAUAAAAAUACAAUAUAAAAUAUGAUGUACACAGUUUUUUAUUUGAAGAAAACCUUUAAAUGGUCUGUUUCAGUCUGUGUACGUGUUGUUAAAGGUAGUAUUUGAUGAGUGAAGAGCAGGACAACGUCUAUUGAUUAUUAAUUAACCAGAAGUAAAACACAAACCGUGACAACGCAGGAAACAGAACCAUGGUCCAUGUGUACCUUGUGAAUAUAUUUUUAUUUCAUUGACAAAUAAUAUGCCUGUAAACCACCAUAUAAAUAAAUGUAACUGAUGAUCAUGUGACAAAUAAAUGUUCUUAUUUUCACUAAAAUGUUUUCAGUGUUAAAACAGAUGAUGGAAUUGAACAUCUGUUCUGAAAAUAAUGAAACUUAAUCAGAAUGAGGCAACUGUGUGUUUUACUGUGAAAUUCCAUUUUCAGAAUUCUCACUUUAAACUUUCAGCAUUUGGU